AUGCUAAACAGCAACCCUCUAAAACGUAUUUACAGCAAUGAGGAUCCGGCUACAUAUUUGCACUACAAUGGAACCAGAACAACUCCUGACUUACUCUUGGCUUCAAGUGACAUCAGUGAGCAUGCACGCCGCAAAAUAAUUGGCGAUCCUGGUUCUGGUCACAAACCAGUCAUUGCUAGUAUUAACACCAGCGGCAAAAGCAUGACAAGGAAAGUGCCAACUAAGCUAUCAUGGAACUUCAAGAAGGCUGACUGGUCUAGAUUCACAAACCUUUUGGAGAAUGAACUUCACAAAAGUCUCCUCAACUUUAACCAACAUCCUGACAAACUUUGCACUGAUAUCACGAAUAUUAUGAUCAGAUUUUGCCAUUUGAAAUAA